AUGCUUCCACUUUCGCGACAUGUACAGACAGGAACUAGCAGUGAUGCACAAUCGUUCUGGGAUACGACAGUCAGGUCGCGACUUGGCGGACCGGCUUCGGCCGGCCCCCACAAUCGUGAAGCCCGAAGACUACGGCUGGAGCAAGAGCUACUUGCCUUACGACGGGCAGAGCACUAUGUCAUGAGGCUGCGCAACAUGCAAACGGGGACUUGCUCUCUACCGGCGGAAGUGUUGACUGCUAUAUUCGCAUGGGUUCAGGGCAUCUGGCCCCCGUCUCGAAGGGAGCCUACAUCCAAGACCAAAGCGCCCAACCGUUGCUAUGGUUGGGGUUGGAUCACUGUGACUCACGUAAGCUCCUAUUGGCGCGAGGUUGCCCUCAACGCACCCUCUCUCUGGACGACCCAAACAUACUGCGCGGACAUAAACCACAAUUUUAUCCCUGAUAUUAUACUUCGAUCGCGGGGUUCUCCUCUUGACUUAUCUUUCAAUAUAAUCUCGGACGUUCACAAGGACUUCUACGGCGCGGGUGUUCAGUACUGGCUGCUGCCGGCGAUAAGCAGGCGCAUCCGAAAACUAUCGCUGAAAGGACUGCCUGCUAAAGAAACGUCGAGCCUGUCUGUGUACCUGUCGUCAAAAGAUCUCUGGACAAUCGAACAUCUUGAGAUCCAUGUCAGACGGUCCAGCGACGGUCUCAGCGACGAAUUGGAGGAGAUGUUUAGGGAAUGGAAGGCUGGUGAUGCACCCCGACUGAGAUCUCUCUCUCUGAGCGGUGUCAAGGUUCACUGGGGGUCCGCUAUCUUCUCCAGCUCUUUAACCCAUCUCAACAUCGAUAUAGCGAGUUCUACGACGAAUGUUGCUAGCGACUUCCCCUCAUAUAUGGAACUCUUCAGCGCCCUCUCCCACCUUGACAAACUCGAAACAUUACACCUGUGUCAGGUCUUCCCUCGACGGGACCCGGAUACUACUCCGCCACUACUGUAUCUCCCACAGUCGCUCCGACACCUUCAUCUGGAGGCGGAUGAACCGUACGCUCGCCGCGUCUUCUUGUGUAUCCCCAACCUCGUCAUUCCCAUGCACACCUCCGUGUGCCUCAUAGCCCGCGCAGAAUACUACUCGUUCAAGCAGGCCGUGGAUCUGGCACUUCCGCGUCUCUGGGCACGGAUACCUGUCAAGGAACUCGUACUGGAUAAUAUGAGUGUGCACUCUUAUGCCAUCGAACGGACACAGCGCGAGCAGUGGACAAUACCUUGGAGCUUCUGCAAGGGGUCGGAACCGGAUGGCGGCUUCUAUGUCAUGAUCAUGGACGAGGCCGGGGAGAAUCCACUUCCACAUCAAGUCCUGGACCAGCCUCUCGAUGCGCUGACCGCUUUCACGCUCACUACGGAAGCCAUGUCGUACUUCGGCAGCUCCGUGGAGUCCACCUACCCAAGUUGGCAAGAUCGACUCGCAACCGCGGUCAACGUCACACGCGUCAGCGUACAGAUGCAGGAGAGCCGGUAUGUCCUCGAUGCCAUGGCACAACUCGUGGAAGACGGCGAUACUGGCUUCACCCGUUUCCGGGCGUUCCCUCGGGUGCGAACACUUGUAUUCUUCGUCGGACGUGUCGAACGAGCUUUUGCUCCUCGUGGGAUGCAGUGGAAUGUCGCCGACGCUGUCGCGCUGGCGGAGCUCGUACGGGUGCGCAUGGAACAUGGGGUCCCUCUGGAGGAGGUCGCGGUCGAGGAUGAGAUCCAGCAUUGGUCGCUGUGGGAGUCUAUUAGGCCGAUGGUGGGGUCGUUGGUAUUCUUCAAAGAUAAUUACGGUUUCCGGAACUCGGAAUAG